CUUAACCACAUACCCCUUUCCACGCGUCCCUUAGCCCACUCACACGCUCACACCUCCCACGCCUCACAAAAGAAAAAGAAAAUUUUUAUGAUCAUCAAUAAAUUUACAUCACCAAAAACACCUGUUUUAAAAUUUAUAAAUUGCCCCCAAAAAAAUGAUGUCAUAAAUGUCGCUACACUAUUUUUACAGUAAAGAAAAACCCUUUAAAUGAAAAAUUGCCUAAAAUCCAUUCAUUUUGGAUGAAGAUGUGAGGAAAAUAAGCUGGGUCUUCUACUUGUUUUUUAAGUUAAACCACCUUUUUCCUUCUUUUCUUUUUUUUUUUGAUUAUUAUUAAGGUCCACCUCCAGGCUGUCUACGUCGAUAUUUCUUUAUUAUCUUCUUUCUCUUUCAUUUUCAUUAUUCAAUUUUUGUCCCCUUUCUUUCAUCUUUCCUCUUUUUUCCUGUUCUCAAUUUUUUCAUUUUCUUUUGAAGAUUCCAUUUCAACCUCCGCCUCCCUCAUUAUAUUAACCAUUUCAAUCCUCCCCCUCCCCCAAUAUAUAUAUAUAUUUAUACAUCUCAUCGUCUCACAGAGAAACCCGAAAUACAAUUUUUUCGUCCUCAUACAUCCAUCCCUUUUUAUCUCUACAGCUGAAUUUAUUUUUGUAUCUGUGAUUCGUGCCUGAUUCUGCAAUUUUUGUUGAUUACGAAAUAAUUGAAGAGAAGAAUAUGGCGGAAGAACAUGGUUUUCAGGCCCCAGAAGGUCACCGUCUCUGUGCGAAUAAUUGCGGGUUCUUCGGCAGCCCAGCAACCCAAAAUUAUUGCUCAAAGUGCUACCAUGACCUUUUCAAAGACUCAAACGCAAAGCCCGCCGUGGAUUCUUUAUUCACGUUACCUCCUUCUUCUUCCUCCUCGGCCAUACCGUCACCGUCAUCGUCGGUAAAAUCGGAUGAUUCUCCGGCCCUAGCCCUCCGUACGGAAAGGACGGCGGUGGUGGCGGCGGCGGCGGCACCUCAGGCGGCGGCGGUUUGUCAGCCAAACAGGUGUUCGACCUGUCGGAGGAAGGUGGGGUUGACCGGAUUCCGGUGUCGGUGUGGAAUAACCUUCUGCGGGACCCACCGGUACCCGGAACAACACGGGUGCACGUUCGAUUUCAAGACCAUGGGGAGGGAAGCCAUCGCAAAGGCGAAUCCCCUUAUCAAAGCAGAGAAAUUGGAGAAGAUAUGAUUUCAUCAUCUCAGCCGUUGAAAAAAGAGAAGAAAAAAAAAAAAGAAAGAAAGAUAGAUGGGCUUUUUUUUUUUGCUUUUUUUACACUGUGAUGGAAGGUGGAAAUGAUACGACGCUGUGCUGGAAAGAAAAUGAUUGAAGAAGUUGGUAUUGGAAAAAGCCAUUUUCCAGAAGACAGGCCUGAAAUGUUGAUAUGUGAUUGUACAUUUUUUACGUACCCCUUUCGCUGUUAUUUUACUCUUUUUCUUUUUUUUACCCUUUUCUUUAUUCUUAGGAUUCAGAUAUUCAUGAUAUCUGGUUUUCAAUCUAUCUAUUGUCCUGCGCUGCUUGUAGAAAAUCUGAAAUGGAUUAAGGUCAAUAAUUUGUCGGAAAUUUUCUUGGCUGAUUCAUUUCUUCGGCUUCCCAUUAAUUGCGAGUCGGCCCUACGUUUGGAAUAGGGUACUAAUUUCCAGUUGUGAUAUACCUUGGCAAAGCAUAAGAUGGUUUUAGAUUUUUCCCAUUUCUGAAUUAUCGCCAGUUAUAAUUGGAGGAGAAAAUGGUAGAUUGAGUUAUUGGAUCUGCUCAAUAGUCACAAUGUUAAUUGUCAAAAUGCAUUUACUUUUUACUCUUCCAAUGUCGUCUUGCUUUACUCGUAGAACAUGUCAAUGUACAUAUGUGUGGUUUGGACUCAUAAAUUAGUACUAUUAUCAGGUAGGACUAACCAAUUGCUAAUUAAUAUCCUUUGAAUUAGUUUUGUCAUCUCAAAAUAAAAAGAUCGGUAAUGCACGGUCCACCCAAAUAAAUCAUUCAUUUACUUUAUUAUAUGACGGAGGAUGCAUAAUAUUCACACCAUUUUCAUUUUGAGACCUGGGGAAUAUAAGUAAUGUGUUUUUUAGGCUUAUUAGAGUUUCCUUUUUAACUAUCUCAUUUUACGUUGCAUGUUUUGAAAUAUUUUUGGGUCUACAAAUAAUUAUAUUUGAUGGUUUUAUGGAUGAACAUAGCUAGCUUAUGAAGUUAUUUGAGGAUUACAAAGUAUUCAUAUGUAUUUAUAUUUUUUGUGUUUCGAAAUGAUUUUAUGGAGGAAUAAUUUCUCCUGUCCUUAAUAUAAGGUAUCUUGAUUUUUUUUUUAAAUUUCACUUACUACGCAUUUUUAAUUCAUAAAAUAACCUUCAAACAUAAGGGAUUUUGAUUUUUUUUUAAAGUUUCACUUACUAUGUAUUUUUUAAUUGAUCAAAAUAAUGUUAAAAUUAUAUUUUCACAUUUUCUUGAUGAUCAUAAAGUAUUUUUAAGAUUUUUUUUAAUUAAAUAUGUACUUGAUAAAUUUUAGAAUAAAUUAAAUUGUUUGUAUUAAGGAUCGGAGGGAAUAUUUUUUAAGUGAUAAUGGAGUGCUGUAUACUUGUAUGUCACGUUAAUCUUUCGUUGUCAAAUAUGAAUGUGAUUAAAAUAAAUUUAAGGUAGUAAUUAAUGGUCAGCCUGGUCACUAAUGUCAGGCUAUGUGCCGCGUAAGUCUGAGAGAAGAAGGCCGGGUCGCAAUCGAGUACGCGCCAGCCACAAACCCCACUUGCCGUGUUGCUGCCUUCUAGAUGGUGAUAAGUUUAGGAUUUUUUUUUCUUUUUUUUUUUCUAGAAAAAGAGGAAGCAAACUGCAAGUGCAAGACUAUAAACAAUAUAAUUAAGGUCGCAAAGCUGUUGGUUGCUGAUUAGCGCAAUCGUUAAUGACAAU